AUGUCGAGCGCGCGGCCGAGGUUCUCCCUCGAGCUCUUCAAGUUUGCGACGUACCUCUCCAUUCCGAUCGCGAUGACCGUCGCGUUCGCGGCGAACCCGGAGAAUCUCGAGACCAUCAUCAAGCGCCACGCGUACGUCGUGUACCCCCCGGAAGGGCCGAAGCCGCCGACGAACGCGGAGAUGAAGAAGAUCGUGGAGGCGAACAGGAAGAAGCGCAAGGUCUGA